UAGUAGAAGGUUACAAGCAAAAUUAUUUUGCUUAAAUUUCCUUAUCACUAUUGUGAUAAGAACCUUGUUUUCUCCCUGUCCAUCAGUUCAAGGAGCUUUAUUAUCAUCGCCUGGAUAAUUUGGUUCACUUCUCAAUCAGUAUGGACACAGCCCGUACCCGAGGCGAUGGAAUGGAAAAUGAAGCACUAGCUAUUUCAGCGACAGUACAACAACAACAGCGUAAGUCUUCCGAUACUCACAGUGUUAGUGGCGAGAUAAAGCUACCAUCCGACUUCGAACUACAACGAUUGCUACCUCAUUCCGGUUCGAAUCCGGUGUAUCGUCCUACGGAACUUGUCGCAGUUGGUAAUGCUUCUCUGCCGCCGACUGUUCCGAAGGGAAAAAUUUUCAAUCUAGUUCCUAAGCUAGUACACACUAAUAGAACCAGCAGCGGUUUGAAGAGUAAGGAACCAAAGUUUGUACCCUUUGAGCCAUACAAAGGAGCAGUCAAUCCCAUUAUCCCCUUUAAGAAUAACGAAAACCGAGUGAAGCUCAGUGAUAGAAAUAAUUUGGAUUUGAACGUUUUGGUCUCACAGAUGUCCACCAUAACGAGCAAAGAGCUAAGAGGGAUGGAGGUGGACAAACAGGAAUUUGACGCGGAAAAGCAAAAGUAUCAGAAGCAGAUUGAUGAACUGAAGAAGGAGCGAGAUUACUAUCAGAGUCAGUUAAAGUUUCAAGCUCAAGUGAACUCGGAAUUGAAGAACCUUUUAGUUGCCGCUGUGGGAGAAGACCUCCAGACAAAGGUCAACGUUUUGACCGAGGAUAAACUGCACUUGGCCAGAAAGUUGCUAAACUCGGCGGAAAACCUGUCGUCCCAUACUGAACAAAUUGAAUUUCUAGCUGGUCAAAGCGAAGUUUGGCGAAGCAAAUUUCUGGCUAGCAGUUUGAUGGUGGAGGAGCUUGCCCGGUGGAAAACUAGUUUACUGCAGAAAAAUCGUAUGCUGCUUGCUUCCAACAAAGAAAUGCUCGAAACCACUUCCAAGCUGCGUGAGAUGCAACUUGAUAUUCUCGGGAACUUGAAAUUCCUUUCGAACCAGAAGGACAUCUCGCUACAAUCGGCCAACGUGUUGGAUCUGACCGCUGAAAGUGUCAACAUUUCACAGCAACUAGUGUUGGCCCAUUCAGCACUUGGAAUGCCUGACUCCCUAGAGCUAACCGGAUUGGAUCCAGUGUGUCCUGCAGAGAAGUUGGCCGUGCAGGCUUUGCAAAAUUCCAACGAGCCAUUGAUGAACACAGACGAAGCGUUUAGGGCCAUCGUCGGACAAGCAUUUCCAUCGAUUCACACGAUGAAACAACAGGCGAUGGAACCGCCUCAGGCAGGAGAUUUUGUGCUGGUCGAGGAUGUUGGGACGGAGGAGCAGCAAAAACAUAAACAUUGAAUAAGGUAGGUGCUACAAAUGUUAUUUCAAACGACGCUGUGUCUAUUUUUUACGUUGGUAGAUAGACACACUUGUUUGGGCAAUACAAGAAUAAAUCGAACGCAUUUGUGAGAGGCAAGACCUAAAAUCCAUUGCUUUUAUCGCAUAAUAAUACAACUUGGAUGCAAUCAAUUUUUAACAUAAAUUAGUGGAGAAUAAACUUGAA